AUGAUUUAUAUAUCUGUGCUACUUAAGGUGCUCAUACUACUGUUACUACUGUUCACCACCAACGUUCUAGGAGGAUAUUCUCCCACCCAUGUUUCAUGUCCAUCGAAUAAAACCCUUGUCCGCCAAGGUACUGGCUUAAGCCAUGAUGAAAAAACAUGGUUAGCAAAGAGACAUUCGAUAACUACCCCAAACUUGAAGGCUUUUCUUCAAACUAAAACCAAUUUGACCGCUGCAGAAAUCAACGGAGUGUUUCAAAAUAAUUCCAGCGAUAUAAAUGUUGGGAUUGCCUUAUCUGGGGGAGGUUAUCGUGCCAUGUUAACUGGAGCUGGUGAACUUUCUGCCCUUGAUAAUCGUACCGUGGGAGCAUUUGAACAUGGACUUGGGGGAUUGCUCGAAUCAACCACUUAUAUUUCAGGCCUCAGUGGGGGUAAUUGGCUCACCGGAUCACUUUCCAUGAAUGAUUGGAUUUCGGUACAAGAUAUUAUUGAUAAUAAAUAUGAUAUUUGGGAUCUUGAGAAUUCUAUUUUCCUCCCAGAAGGUCUCCACCCGAUUAAAACUUAUGAGGUGUUCCGUAACAUUUCUCUCGAUGUGGAAGCGAAAAAAAAUGCUGGUUUCAAUACUUCGUUGACCGAUGUAUGGGCAAGAUCUCUUGCUAGGGGAUUUUUCGAAUCUUCUGGUGAUUAUGGUGCCGACGUUUGUUGGUCAUCUCUUCGUGAUAAACUGGUGUUUGUUAAUGGAGAGAUGCCUUUCCCCAUCACCGUUUCUGACGGUAGAUAUCCGGGAACGAAAUUAGUCAGCAGCAAUAGUACAAACUUCGAGUUCAAUGCGUUUGAGAUGGGGUCCUGGGAUCCAACCGUUGAUGCGUUUGUGGAUACCAAAUACUUGGGGACCGAGUUGGACAAUGGGGUGGUUAAAGGAGAUAACAGCCAGUGUGUGCAAGGGUAUGAUAAUGCGGGAUUCAUCAUGGGAACGUCUUCGACAUUGUUUAAUUUGAUGGUUGCUAAGCUAGAGAAUACCGAAAUUCAUUUGAUCAAAUCCCUCAAGAUGAAAUUCGUGAAUUUCAUCAAAAAUCUCAGCAGUGACAAUGAUGAUAUCUCAAUCAUUUCCCCGAAUCCUUUUUUUAACACCCAUUAUUACAAUACCAGCUCCCUGAUCUCGCAAUCCGAUUCUUUAUUCCUUGUUGAUGGGGGUGAAGAUGGUCAAAACAUUCCCUUCACCCCUCUCAUUCAGCCGGCUCGUGAAGUAGAUAUUAUCAUGGCCUUCGAUAAUGGUAAUAACCUUAAUGGGCUUCCCGAUGGUACUGCUAUGGCGGCCACUUAUGAUCGACAAUUUUCCGAUGUUGGAGUGUUGGGAACUUUCCCAUACGUUCCAGAUCAAGCCACUUUCUUAGCCAACGGCCUUACUUCCAAACCAACGUUUUUUGGCUGUGACGCUUCGAAUUUGACGUCGUUAGUGGGUUCUGACGAUCACGGCCACGUCCCGCCGCUUGUGGUGUACGUUGCUAAUAGACCUUAUAGUUAUUGGUCCAAUACGUCGACUACGAAGAUGAGUUAUACUGAACAAGAGAAAUUGGCAAUGAUCACCAAUGGGUUUGAAAUCGCCAGCAGAAAUAACUUGACUUCUGAUGCUGCUGCAGCUGAUUGGGCCACCUGUGUCGGAUGUGCGGUGAUCAGAAGAUCUCAAGAAAGGCAAGGGGUUGCCCAAAGUGACACUUGUCAAAAAUGCUUCAGUGAAUAUUGCUGGAAUGGCAAGACUGCCAAUACUACGAUCCUGGCUUCGCAAUUGAUGGAAACCUUGGGUUCUCCGGCGACCACCACCCAAAAGAAGGAAGGGUCCAAGGUGAAGUCGCUUUUGCAAGGGAUUGCCAAAAAGAUCUUUCCCAAUUUAUCUACCGGGAUGGGGGUUUAA